AUGGAUAGAUGCAAACAUGUAGGGCGGUUGAGGCUAGCCCAGGACCACUCCAUCCUGAACCCGCAGAAGUGGUGCUGCCGGGAGUGCGCCACCACCGAGUCCGUGUGGGCUUGUCUCAAGUGCUCGCACGUGGCCUGUGGCCGCUACAUCGAAGAUCACGCCCUCAAACACUUCGAAAAGACUGGACACCCGCUAGCCAUGGAGGUCCGGGAUCUCUACGUGUUCUGCUACCUGUGCAAGGACUACGUGCUCAACGACAACCCGGAAGGGGACCUCAAGCUGCUGAGAAGCUCCCUCUUGGCGGUCAGGGGCCAGACGCAGGACCCGCCGCUGAGGCGAGGGCGGACGCUGCGGUCCAUGGCCUCGGGAGAGGACGCCAUCCCGCCGCAGCGCGCUCCUCAGGGACAGCCGCAGAUGCUCACGGCUCUGUGGUAUCGGCGCCAGCGCCUGCUGGCCCGGACGCUGCGGCUCUGGUUCGAGAAGACGUCGCGGGGCCAGGCCAAGCUGGAGCAGCGGCGGCGGCAGGAGGCGCUGGAGCGCAAGAAGGAGGCGGCGCGGCAGCGGCGGCGCGAGGUGAAGCGGCGGCUGCUGGAGGAGCUGGCCAGCUCCCCUCCGCGCAAGAGCGCGCGCCUGCUGCUGCACGCGCCCCGCGCCGCUGCGCCGCGCGCCACCGCGCCGCGCGCGCCCGCUGGGCCCCGCCCCGCGCCGCGCCGCGCGCCCGCCAUGGCGCCGGGCGUCACAGGCCUGCGCAACCUGGGCAACACCUGCUACAUGAACUCCAUCCUCCAGGUGCUCAGCCACCUGCGCAAGUUCCGUGAGUGCUUCCUGAACCUCGACCCGUCCAAAACGGAGCAGCUGUUUCCCAGGGCCGCCAACGGCAAGGCCCCUCUCGCGGGCAGGCCGGCGGGCAGCUCGGCCACCGAGCUGUCGCCCAGGAGCCACGGGGCCGAGGCCUGCGAGGGCGAGGGCCUCUGCUUGAAUGGCGGGGCCUCCCUCAGCAGGAGCCUAGAACUCAUCCAGAACAAGGAGCCCAGCUCGAAGCACAUCUCCCUCUGCCACGAACUGCACACCCUCUUCCGCGUCAUGUGGUCCGGGAAGUGGGCCCUGGUGUCGCCCUUCGCCAUGCUUCACUCGGUGUGGAGCCUGAUCCCGGCCUUCCGCGGCUACGACCAGCAGGACGCGCAGGAGUUUCUCUGCGAGUUGUUGCACAAAGUGCAGCAGGAACUCGAGUCCGAGGGCACCAAGCGCCGGAUCCUCAUCCCCUUCUCCCAGAGGAAGCUCACCAAACAGGUCUUAAAGGUGGUGAACACCAUAUUUCACGGGCAGCUACUCAGCCAGGUCACAUGUGUAUCAUGCAAUUACAAAUCCAAUACCAUCGAGCCCUUUUGGGAUCUGUCCCUGGAAUUCCCUGAACGCUAUCACUGCAUAGAAAAGGGGUUUAUCCCUUUGAAUCAGACUCAGUGCCUGCUCACUGAGAUGCUGGCCAAGUUCACAGAGACAGAGGCUCUGGAAGGGAGAAUCUACGCUUGUGACCAAUGUAACAGCAAACGACGAAAAUCCAAUCCAAAACCCCUUGUUCUGAGUGAAGCUAGAAAGCAGUUAAUGAUCUACAGACUACCUCAGGUCCUCCGGCUGCACCUUAAAAGAUUCAGGUGGUCUGGCCGUAAUCACCGAGAGAAGAUUGGGGUCCAUGUCGUCUUUGACCAGGUAUUAACCAUGGAACCUUACUGCUGCAGGGACAUGCUCUCCUCUCUUGACAAAGAGACCUUUGCCUAUGAUCUCUCCGCAGUGGUCAUGCAUCACGGGAAAGGGUUUGGCUCAGGACACUACACAGCCUAUUGCUACAACACAGAGGGAGGUUUUUGGGUCCACUGCAAUGACUCAAAGCUGAAUGUAUGCAGUGUCGAGGAAGUGUGCAAAACUCAAGCCUACAUCCUUUUUUACACUCAAAGAACAGUUCAGGGCAAUGCAAGAAUCUCAGAAACCCAACUCCAAACUCAGGUGCAGUCCAGCAACAACGAUGAGGGCAGACCACGGACCUUCCCCUGAAUGGGAGGCACGUAUCGAGGACUGGCUUGCUUUUAAACUAUUGGUUUCUAAUCUUUCCUCAUAUAGGAAAUGAGGUUUACUGCAGGAACAGAUUACUAGGUUUGUGUCACUGGGUCUAGGGCAGAAGGUGCCAGGUGACUCAUGUGCUAUCAUAAAAUCUGUAGCAACUUUCUUCUACAUGGGUUUAGAAAUUCCCUCCUUCGUUAAAACAAAUCAAAAGGAGUAACUUCUAUGAAGACUCUUUCAUCAGUUGCUUCUGAAUAUAGAGGGAUCUGGGUGGAGGAAAGAGGGAGUCAAUUGGUCAUAUUCAGCCAUGUUCUUUCUAUUACAUGAUUCCCCUGCUAAGCAGGACUCCUUGCAGCACUAGAAGAACCCUCCUGAUGUGAGCAGCCCUCGACAGAGCAUGCAAGGAGGGGCCCUGGGCUGGCAGCUUGCUGGAUAGGAUUGGUUCCAAGGCGGGAGGUGAAGUCUAAGGCUUUUUUCCUACAAAGGAAGUAGCCCUCAAGGGUUGAAAAUCUGCAGACUUCCUUUUUUAGGGGAUAGCAGUUGAAGAACAGAAUGAGAUGCAUGGAGGACAUUUCUCCA